GCGUGUCGUGUGCAGGACUCAGUGCCGUGUGCAUCAAGUAUCCCUCCGCCAAUCAGGUUUCGUGGUGGCGGCCCACCAAUCAGGGAGCGCGAACCAACGGCCAAUCAGCGAGCAGUACCUGAGGGAGACGCGGGCGGAGGAACAAACAACACAGGUUCACUCAAGCGAGUAGGGAGGAGGAGGAGUGAGAGAGGUGGUGUUGUGAGGAGUCUGUUGCUGAGGUGACAUGUCUGGCUCAAAGUGUUACAAAUGUAACCGCAUGGGCCACUUUGCUCGGGAGUGUCCCAUGGGCAGUGGUCCAGGACCCAGGGGACGAGGUGGACCCAGAGAAAAAUGUUACAAAUGCAACCGCCCAGGGCACUUUGCCCGUGACUGCAAGGAGGAGGAGGAUCACUGCUACCGCUGUGAUGGAGUUGGUCACAUUGCCAAAGAUUGUGAACACUCUUCUGAUGAACCCUCAUGCUACAACUGUUCCAAGAUGGGCCACAUAGCCAGAGAUUGCCCUGAGCCAGAGCGCACUUGCUAUGUGUGCAACAAGAGUGGGCACAUUUCACGUCAAUGUACAGAAAACAAAAGUGAGAACCGCAAUGCCAAGUGCUAUGUGUGUGGCAAGAUCGGGCACAUCUCCCGGGAAUGCCCCUUAGGAGGAGAGCAGGAGAAUGAGAAGCGCUGCUACGUGUGUGGUGCAGGAGGCCACAUUUCCCGAGAUUGCCCUCAAGGAGAGUCUGACACUACUUGCUACAGAUGCAACCUGAAGGGCCAUAUGGCUCGCAACUGCCCAAAAUGUUACAUGUGCGGUGGCUUUGGGCAUAUUUCUCGCCAAUGUGAGAUGGUGGCUUAGACCGGCCUGUCCCACUCCUGGUCUCUCCCUCCGAAGCUGCUGCUGCUGCUGCUGCUACCCACUACCAUGAUCCCCUGACAUACACCAUGGUGUAGACUGGUGCUGGGGCUUUACAGUUACAGCCUGGCUAUUCACCCUCUUGGGCUCUCCAGGCAACAACUAUGUUACAUCAUGUGUUUGCGGGAAGCAAAUAAAAUCGUGUGAAAGGCCUUUAGUGGGGAUUUCCUUGUAAGCAAAUUCACAAAAUCGAGUCAGUAUAGUUUGACAGUUACUGAAUGGUUGAGCCUUGAAGCAAAUGUUACAUGCUUGGAAAGAAGCAUGUAGGAUUACUGUCUUGUGCUCUGGAUCUUACCAAACUUGCCCUUAUUGGAGAAGGAAGAGGUUGUUUGAGGUUUUCCUUGAACCAAAACCUUGAUUUAUUUAUUGACAUGUAUUGAUUUUUACGAUUAAUUAAUCACUUCAUUAAUCAAUUGAUUGAUAACUUUUGUACCAGACAUAAAUUAUCAGAGGCACUAGAGUGAUGUGGAGGAGAGAAUUUUAGGAGACAGCUUACCAUUACUCUCAGUAUGGUAAUUUCUCAACUUGUAGGAUGGUCAUAGCCAGUAGAUCCUUGAAUGUUGAAGUGUUACUGAGAAAGUUUGCAAGGGCUUUAUUAAAUGUAGUCCUGUUCAACUACAAAGUGUCAAUAGUUGUUCUUUGCCAAGUACAGAUAGUGAUAACAGACAAUCAGGUUAUAUACAGUGUGAGAACAUGACCAAAUUUCAAAACAUGUGAAAUGAGAUUUUCUGUGAAUCAUCUUGUUUUAAUUGAAUUUUGUGGAAAUAUUUUUUAUCAAUAUUAUUUAUUGAUAAACAAUUUUUUUUUUAUCAUUUUGUUUUCUUGUUAUUUUCUCCUUUUCAAGUUUAUUCUUAAACUUGAUUGAAGUGAUGUGUGAAAGAGUUGCUUUUUAUUUAUUUAUUAUUUUUUUCAAAUGAGCUUCUGAAUAAACAAGAUGACUUAGUUGAUGUGGCAGACUUGGUGUUAGGGGUAUAGGUGUAAUUUUUGCUGUACAUGACCUUACACUUACUUUCAUUUUGUGCUGAUGACCUAAAUAUAUUGUAUUUGGAUAUAGUUACCUGCAAUGAAUUGGUAAUUAAAUAAAUUGUCUAGGUUUCCAAGAACUGGUUUGAGAAUACAUUGAUAAUUCUAUGAACAUGGAAAAAUUUAAUGUGAAUUUUUCUUUUGAUAAAGUAAUUCCAUGUUGAUGACAGUUACAGUUCAGCAUUGCUGUUAAAAGCUUAAAGAUGCUGCUCUGAAAGGAAAUACAUUAAAGGCGACUGAUGUGGUCAUCAGCACAAAGGUGUUGCAAAGAGAGGAGAAUUGUGAACACAUUUAUGAAAUUGUCGUGGGAGUUUUUUUCAAAUUCAGGUGAUUAAAUAAAGAAGUAGAUGACAUUACAUUCAGAUGACAGACUGUUCCGGUAUUGGUUGGUACAGUCUGAGUAGCAGGAGAAAGGACAGAUAAUGGUAUUCCAGAAGUCGAGGUAAAAUUUCCUCCACUUUUGGCGUGUGUGUGUGUAUAUGCUUAGGUGGCAAGCAGGUGAAGGUGGAGUUUUUACUGAGUGAUAAUAGGAGGGUGCAUAGAAGGUGUAAAUCCUGGCCAACUUGCUCAUCCCCUUAGUUAAGGUUCAAGAGGAGGAGGAGAUUGGAGAUGACAGUAUUCAUCAGGCGGAAGGGUGGAGUAGUUGUAGCUCUGGAUGUUAUUUGUAUUUGUUAAAAUGUAAAAGUAUCCACAUGAAAUCUGUUCUGUAGUCAUCAUCAUUCUUAAGGAAAUCUUGAAGAAUCAGAUAGAGACAUGAACUUGGUAUUUGUUUUGCAAUCCAGAAUUACUUUCAUUCACAUGAAUAAGUGUGUCCACCCUAAGACCAGGAUUUCCUGUCUACUCAAAGUACCUCAGAGCUGCUCCACCCCUCCCCCUGUGCCCGGGAAACCAUUCACCUCAGGGGUUCCCGAAAAGGUCACUAUAAUUGAUCUUUCAACCAGUACCUGCACAGUCAUCCCUUUGUUGUUGUGGAGAUGAAGAUUUGUGAGCUGACCAGCUGAUGCUACUCUUGGAGAUGAUCAAAGGCUCAUUUAUUUUUAUAGUUUUAUUAUUACAAGUGAUCAGUGUGUUGCUUUUCCCUCAAAAGUGGACAACGAAGUCCAGGGGAAUUCACAUUUAGUGGUUCAUCUGAGGCCCAGUCUAAUUUUCUUAUUUUUAUUAAAAUGAGUCUUUUCUUGUUGAAACUCCAUGGGACACAUUGCUGAUCGCUGCACAUCUAUAUAUAAAAAGUGAGACUAUUUUGUUACUCUUGAAUAUUAGCAUUACAAAGGCGGAAGAAGAGCGGUUGAUUACAAAGUCUUCUAGUCCUUACAAUUCCCACUAAAGUUAUUGUUGUUCACAUUUUUUACUCUGAAUUUAUGUGUGUAUUGAGAACUUACUGUCCCCUGUGUGCCUGAUGUUCAUCCUCAAUAAACAGGUUCACAAUA